AGACAACCGGAAGAGGUCGGGGGAGGGAUGUUGCUAUGGCGGAGGCCCCAGGGAUGGAGGAGCCGGUAGCGGCAGCAGCAGCAGCAGGAGGUGCAUUAAAUGGUGAUGGUUUUAAGAAACCUUCACUCCCUUUGGCUCCACCACAGAAGAAAACUCUCCAUUCGAGCCUUCCGCAUACAGGCCCAGAAUUAACUGAAAGUGUUGAUGUUGUCGGGGAGUCCGGGGUGAAAGCUGCACCAGCUGUGGAAAGCUCUGCACAUCAUGACGAAGAAACUCGACCUGAGCUCCAAGAAAGACCCGCACCAGAUCAGCGGCCUAUUGAGAAACCUCGUCCCAAUCUUAUAUCACUGCCAAAGAAGCCCAAGUCAGCAGCCACCAGGUUACCUUCAGAUAAAUACAAGCCAUGCCCUCCACUCCCAUAUGUGGAGCCACCAUGGGGAGGGUUAGCAGAAGCCCCUUACAGCUUUGAGAUCCUCAAGAAUGGCAGCAUAAUCUCGGACAUAAGUCUGAAUUCAAAGAGCUUUUAUGUUGUUGGGAGGCUUCCAACCUGUGACAUCUCUCUUGAGCAUCCUUCCAUUUCUCGGUACCAUGCCAUAGUGCAACACAGGCGAGUUGCUGAUGGCGAGAGUGGAACUGGAUUUUAUGUUUAUGACUUGAACAGCACUCACGGGACAGUGGUAAACAAACAGAAAGUCAAACCGAACUGCUACCAAAGACUUAAAGUUGGCCAUGUUAUUAAAUUUGGAGGGAGCACAAGACUCCUUGUGUUGCAGGGCCCAGAAGAGGAUGAAGAUGAGGAAUCUGAUUUCACUGUGACUGAGCUGGUGCAGAGGAGCCAGCAGCACAAGCAGCUGGAGAAACGAAUGCUGGGUGAAGAUUCUGAUGAGGACGAAAGUGCGGAUGUUGAGUCAGUGGAACAGCCCAGGCCACCUGCAGCCAGCAGUGUCACUGGUUGUACGUGGGGAAUUGUUGAGGAUGCAGUGGAAGAUGAAAGUGAAGACAACCCAUAUUCCAUUGAAUUCCAGGAGGACCGCGAAGCUUUUUAUAUCAAAGACCCGAAGAAAGCACUCCAGGGUUUCUUUGAUAGGGAAGGUGAGGAGUUGGAAUAUGAAUAUGAUGAGCGUGGCUGUGGUACCUGGGUCUGUAGAGUCAGGCUCCCAGUAAAUGAUGCUCUAGGAAGAGAACUUGUUGCAGAAGUGACACACACCGGCAAAAAGAAAGAAGCUAUGGUUCAGUGUUCAUUGGAGGCCUGCAAGAUACUUGAUGCCAGAGGGGUUCUGCGCCUAGAAGCAGUCUCUCGGAAGCGAAAAUCCAAAAACUGGGAAGCCGAGGACUUCUAUGACAGUGACGAAGAUACUUUCUUAGAUCGGACAGGAGCUAUUGAAAAGAAAAGGCUGAACAGAAUGAAGAAAGCAGGAAAAGUAGAGGAGAAAGUGGAAACUUAUGACUCCUUGGUUGCCAAGUUAACAGAGGUGCAGAAAGAGCUUUCUGAUGUUGAAGCCAAGUUGAAAUUGUCUGGCAGAGACAGUGUGCAAGCCCCUGGGGAAGAUCCUUUGGAUGCCUUCAUGACCAAGAUCCGAACAGGAGCAACAGUAGAUAGCGUCACUCGAAAGAAAUUGCACAUUAAAUCCUUUGAACUGAAAAGGGAGCAGCAAAGACUACAGAAACUAAUAAAGAUAGUGACACCAGCAGAUCUACCAGAGCUGAAAAUGGAGAUUGCAAGUCAGGCUGGAGACGCAGAACCCAAACCUAAGAAAAUUGCUGUGCCCAUGUUUGGCGCAAUGAAGGGCGGAAAAAAGUAUAAACUGAAGACAGGCACCAUUGGGAGAUUGCCACCUAAACGUCCUGAGCCACCUAGUAGUUGUUUUAACAUGAAGGAAAGCCAAGUAGUUGAAGAAGAGGAGGAGGAAGAGGAGGAGGAAAAGGAAGAAGUGCCAAAGAACAAGUCUACUGGUUUGACCCAAGGGCAAGAGACAGAACAAGAGGCAGGCUUGUCUUACCCCACUGAUUUAAUGGAGAAUCCCAGCCAGGAUAACGAAACCUCACUGUCGGUUCAGGUCUCCAAUCAAGAAGGAGAUGAGGAUGGUGCAGUUCCUUCAACAGAAGACAGUGAUGAUUGCAUUAACUCUCCAUCAAACGACUUGAUGCCAGCUAAGAUACAGCCUAAGGCCAACAAAAAUGAUGAAAAAGUUGUGAAGAAGAAAAUAUAUGGUCCUAAGAAACCACCUCACCAACUCUCAUCAGAGUCCUACCCCGAGAAUGAUCCUGACUAUUGUGUGUGGAUGCCCCCUUCAGGUCAAACAGGUGACGGUAGGACACAUCUGAAUGACAAAUAUGGCUAUUGAAAGCCCAAGGCAGUUGCUAUAUCCCAAGGACGUACUCCUCAUUAGAGGGGAUUUGUAAUUGUAUCUGUACUGCCACCUUCAGAGCACCACGUCUGGAUUCUGGAAGCUUACAGCACCAGCUGGUGUUGUGUGAAACUAGAGAACAGUACAACUCUGUGAAUCUCAUCAAGGUCACUUUGCUGUUGCUUUGCAUCCCUGUUAGGAUCUCUUUGGAACUCUACUGAGCACAUAGAACAGUUUUCACACAAAGUUCUGUUGCUCCUUUUUUGCAUUCCCACUGGAGCAGAAUUGCAGUCCCAACUGAUGUCCCAGCAGACACAUCUGAUGGUAUUAUACUUUGGAAUAGUUUGAGGUCUGUGUCUCCUAACGUGAUGUGCUUAUAAUUUUGAUGUUGCCGUGUGGGACAUCCUCCUAAUUCUCUGAUCCAAAGUGGAGCAUGACUGCUUCUAUGUGGGAAAUGAAGCCAGAGUUUUCAUUUGAUGCCUGAGGUGCCAUUUUCCCUUGAGAGUAUGAACCCAAGCUUCAGGCUCCAAGAUCCUUACAGCACCAACAAGCCUUUGGAUGACCUCAAAUGACACAGUGGCCAGUAGCUGCUGCCAUGUGUAGGAAUCAUUUGAGAAGUUUAGGGCAAGGUUUCUACAAGAAACAGCCAUAACUCUACUCUGAAUUCCCUUCUGUUUAUUAUGUACAGCCUUAAUUUACCCUUGGUUUUUGGCUUCUUCAGUGCUUGUUCAUGUUUAGUUUCGAAAUCUUCAGAUGCAAUGUAAGAUUAAUAUUGUGAUUCCAGACUAACUGGAAACCCACCCUGAGUUCAUAUCAGAGCUCCCUGGGGUGUACCAUGCAUCCAUUUUACACACCAUUGACAAUGCAGUGUGCACUCCCAGAAUUUCAGAAACUUCUGUGUGUGUGUGUGCAUUUAAAGCAACUACAUUGUGCUGUCUGUCACUUUAAUAAAAGGGAGAGGGUAUGCUUUAAUAAUAUGGCAUUUGGUUGCUUUGUUACAAUGAGAAUAAAUCAUUUUAUUUGGAACUGUGAA